AUCUCAUUGACCUAACUGUUACUUGUCUUUUGCAUUAACUCACAUAUGUAGAUUUAAAGUGAAACUUUUUAUUAGUUUUAUUGUAUAUCCACAUAUAUUUAUUCAUAUAUUUCAUAUUUUUAUGCCCAACAUUAGUUCCAGUUCCUUUGAAUUAAGAUUUUAACUAAAAAACCUCCCCGUCACAAAUACUUUUGGGAGGUAAUGCAUCAAUGGGUUAUGUUAUAAGUAUCAAAAUAUUUUAGUAACUAAUUUCAUUAUCAUUUUACUCUUUUACUCCAUAAACUAGAAAGGUUUCAAGACGUGUUUUUAAUCGACUUAUAUAUUUCAGAUCUACUAUAUUUUGGGGUAAAGAUAUUUUAACAUUAUAUUGAUAAAGGGGAGAAAGGAUGUCCAACUGGGAUAGGCCUCAAAGUAGUGGUAGCUCAUAUCAGGGAUAUGGUGGUUAUUACAAUCCUCAGUCGCAGCCUGACAAUUCAAAUUUGUAUGGGAACUUAUAUCAGCAGCCUUACUAUAAUGGAUCCUGUUAUAAUGGUCCAUCUCAGGCCUUUAGGAAUGGGUACCAAGGCAAUUUCCAAACUCCUCCAACAUCUGCAGAAGAGUUUUUUAGGAUCUUUCAAGAACAGCAACAUCAAGAAAGCCAACUUGAAUAUAGCAGUAGAAGUAUAGACUAUGAUUCUCUUGGUCGAGGAUGCAAUAUCCCCACAAUGGUUUUUCCAUCAUCUAAUACUGGUUCAGGUGGAGAGCAAGUACAACAAGGUAAAAGAAAGAUAUAUGAAAACAGCAAAGGAGGUGGAAGAGGUGGAGGACGAUACCAGCAUGGAGCUGUUCCUAGACAACAAAACAACAACUUCAGGCGUGGUGGAUACAGUAACGUUAAGAAAGGUGUACAAAAUCAGCAUUGGGCUGCGGUUCCAAAUGGUGAUGUUAUUGGUGAUGAUUCUAAGAUAGAUGAAACAAAAAACUCAUCCAAGCGUGGAAAAGGGUUCGCUCAAAGGAAUUCCAACAGAUUUAAUGGUUACCAAAAAGAUAGCGGUACAGUUAAGCGUGAUAACUUCAGUAAAGAUUGGCGAGCUAGAGGGAAAGGUAAAGGAAACGAGGAAUGCCAGCGUGAUCGUUUAACAUCUCAGCUGUAUUCUGGUGCAUUAGAAUGCUUAGUCUGUUGUGAAAGGAUGAGACAAGCAGAUCCGGUUUGGUCUUGUCCAGCUUGCCAUCAUGUCCUUCAUCUUCGCUGCACUGUUCGUUGGGCAUCAUCUUCAAGAGCAGACAACGGAUGGAGAUGCCCAGCUUGCCAAAAUGUUACUGAUGCGAUACCUACAGAUUACAAGUGCAUGUGUGGAAAAGUGAUCAAUCCGCAAUGGGUUCGUGGAGAAACUCCUCAUACUUGUGGACAAGUUUGUGGAAAAGAUCGUGGUUGUCCACAUUCCUGUACACUGCUGUGCCAUCCUGGUCCUUGUCCGCCAUGCUCUGCAAACAUCGACAGGUACUGUGGUUGUAACAGAACAAAGCAGGUUGUCCAGUGCUCUUCAAGAGUAGAGUUAACUUGCGAUUCGGUUUGUGAAAAGUUGCUUAACUGUAAAGUUCAUCGUUGUACAAAAGGAUGUCAUAAUGGUGCCUGUGAGGCUUGUGACAAGACCGUUCAUCAAAGAUGUCAUUGCGGACAUGAAGAAAGAGAUGUACCUUGUGAUCAUGCCGACAUUGAACCUUUCUAUAGCUGUGACAAGUUAUGCGAUAAACUUUUGGCUUGCGGGCAGCAUAAAUGUACUAAAACCUGUCACCCUGAUUGCUGCUCUGCGUGUGUGUUAUCUCCAGAAGUAGUGUUAACGUGCCCUUGUGGUAAGAAACCAUUGCCUCCUGGCUCGAGGAAAUCUUGCAAGGAUCCUGUGCCACUCUGUGGAGCUGUUUGUGGAAAGGUCUUAAUGUGCGGUGCAGCAGGAAGGAAACAUACUUGUGCUGUAUUAUGCCACAGCGGUGAUUGCCCUCCAUGUCCUGAAACUACAUCAGUUAUGUGCCGGUGCGGAGCUAUGGCAAAAGAAGUUCCCUGUGCUGGCCUAGAUUCGCGUCCAGAUGAUGCCCGUUGUUCUAAACGUUGUACAAAAAAGAGAAGUUGUGGAAAACAUAAAUGCAAUCAGGCUUGUUGUAUAGAGAUUGAUCACUUUUGUCCUCUUCCUUGCAACAAAAUGUUGAGCUGUGGAAGACAUCGCUGCCAGGAACUUUGCCAUCGAGGCAAUUGUCGACCCUGCCUUGCUGCAAGUUUUACUGAGUUAAGCUGUGAGUGCGGAAAAGCUGUUCUCUAUCCUCCGGUCCCUUGUGGAACUAGACCUCCAGAAUGCAAGGCUCCUUGCUCUCGUGAUCAUCCCUGUGGCCAUCCUCCGACCCAUCAUUGCCACUCUCUCAGUGAUUGUCCUCCCUGUUCAGUUCUGACUACUAAAUAUUGUUUUGGAGCACAUGAGUUAAGGAAAACAGUUCCUUGUCAUAUUGGAGAAUUUUCCUGUGGACGUGCUUGUAACAAAAAAUUAGACUGUGGUCAUUGCUGUAUUAAAAUAUGCCAUUCAGGACCUUGUACACCAGAGGGAACAAGAUGUGUACAGCCGUGCACUGUGCCAAGACCGACCUGCGGUCACGAGUGUGCUGCCCCCUGUCACCCUGGACAGCCUUGUAAUCCCCAGCCAUGUCAGUCAAAGGUUGAGGUUCGAUGUGAAUGUGGAAGAAGAAUUGUAAAAAAAAGUUGCUCAGAAAAUAGUUCCGAGUAUCAGCGCUUAGCUACUGCUCAGUUAGCAUCUCAAAUGGCUGACGUUCGUCUUGGAAAGACAGUUGACCUGAGAUCUUCUUCAAAGCCAGUCUAUAAGCUUGAAUGUACAGAUGAAUGCAAAGUAGCUGAAAGAAACUUACGCCUAGCAAUUGGCCUUCAAAUUUCAAAUCCAGAUCUCUCAUCAAAGCUAUGUCCCAGAUACUCUCAGUUCCUUAUGACAUGGGCCAAGAAAGAUCCUAAAUUUGCUCAGAAUGUUCAUGAUAAACUUACAGAAGUUGUACAACUAGCUAAAACAUCAAAGCAGAAAAGCAGAAGCUAUUCUUUCCCCUCUAUGAAAUCUGAAAAGAGACAGUUUAUACAUGAGUAUAGUGAGCAUUUUGGGGUUGAAAGUGUUGCCUAUGAUGCAGAACCUAAUCGUAAUGUAGUCGCUACAGCUUACAAGGAUAAGUCAUGGCUUCCUAGUUACUCAGUUCUGGAGAUGCUGGAACGUGCGGCGGGUAAAAGGAAGGUUCCUUCUCUGCUUCCAUCAUUAAAAAAAGAUAGCAAGGAAGAGAGUGUGAUGGUUCCCGUCAGACUGAGACCCAAAUCAGAAGAUGCUAAAGCGGAAGAACAGAAAGCUGAUGAGCCACCACCAAUAGAUUAUUUUGAUUAUGUUAAUCCCUCACAGUCUUAGCUUUGUGCUAUUCCUCAACUUUAUUCUAACUCUGUAAUUUUAUAUAAUUUUGUUCUGAUGAAAUGCAUUAGGUUUUAUCUAUUAAACUUAAUGAGUAGAAUACUGUUACUUUGUAUUUAAUAAUCAAAUUUAAAAAAAAAAAACAAUGUGGAAAGAAUUUUAAAUAGAUUAAAUCAUAGUUGAAGUAUUGCUUUUAUCUGCAUCUCUGAUAUUUUACAACCCUUUUUUAAAUUAAAUCAUUUACUUCGAAAAUUUUGGAGAAAUAAUAAGGAUUAAUUUAAUUUUAUUAUAUCCAUUUCAAAUGUUCAAUUCUCUUCUUGGAUGGAGUUUGGACAAUAUAUUUUUCUCAUUGCAUUUACUAGCUUAGUUUAGGCAAAUUGGUUCCGCUAUUUUAUAUAUCAUGGUGCUGUGUAUUAAAUUUUUUUCUGAUAUUAUCUUGUCCUUUUAUUUGUUUGCUCAGAAUCAUUUCCAUUUAUAAUUACUAUUCUUUGUUAAAUCUAUAUUUCAGAAAACAUCUCUAAAAAGUAAUAUUACCUCUGUUUUAUCCAUAAUUUAAUCUGAAAUAUGUUUUAUUGCUUAAAAUACAUAAUCUUGUCAUUCUUCAACAAGUGGAAUUUAUACAAAGAAUAUGUUGCAUAAAGAACUAAGCUUAUAAAAUAGUAAACUGCAUUGAUUUGAAACAUAUCAUAUUUUAAUUUUUACAAUAGCAUAAGAUUCUUUAAAACUAAAUUAUAUAUAUAAGGCUGUUGACAAUAAUAUAAACAUUUUGUUUUAUAUUUCUAUAUAUGUUGCUGCGUUUAUUUAUUUGAAAUAGUUUUAUCAACUUAUAAUAUUCAUUUACUUUAUGGUACUUUUUUUGGUUGAGUACUUUACUGUCAAUUUGUCAGAAUUUCCA